GCGGGCCCAAUUUAUGCUUAUUAUAUCCAUCUCUGUGCUUCUCUCAGUGCUUCACAAGUAUCCACUCAUUUUCUUCUCUCUUCUCUUCUGCUUCUUUCCUCUGCUUAGUUAGCCAUGCUGACAAAAUUCAAGAAUCCCUUUGAAAUGCUUGGAGGUUUCUCUCAGGAUUCCAAAUCAACUUGUGCAACUUUAAACAAGGGAUUAAUGGCUGUUGGGUUGCAAACCCUUGUCCAGAUAUCAUCAUCAGAAGCAAAAUCCAAAACCAAUGUUGUUUUAAAAUCUGCAAUGAAAAAAGUGAAACGCCUUCCAGAUGUUUCUGCCACCACCAUCGAAUCUUGCUACCUCAAAUCUUGUUUCUUAUGCAAUAAGAACUUGAGCCUAGACAAAGACAUCUACAUGUAUAGGGGUGAUCAAGGCUUUUGUAGCAUAGAAUGCAGAAACAGGCAGAUUGUUUUGGAUGAAAUGAAAGAACUAGAAACAUCUACAAGGCAAAUGAGAAAAUCUUAUAUGCACUGUAGCGCUGCAGGGCGGCAUGAGACUCGCCAACUACUAGAGAAUCUUCGCCGGAGACAUAAGCAAGCUCCUCAUCAGAAGCACUGGGCAAUCGUUUCAUAGUUAAAACAGUCUUUUCUUUGCUUAUUUUCCUUUCCUUUUUUUGCCCUUUUCCUCUUGUACUGAACCAAAGGGGUAUUCAAAGAGAUACAGUAAAGCGCAGAGAAAAUAACAUGGUGGAGAUAUUUAUAUUUUUUACGUUAA